AAAAUGUGUGUGGGGGGCGAAGAGUCUACACACACAAAAAACUCCAGGCUUGAGGACUGGUUAUUUUGAAUUUUUUACAAAUGUAUGCAAAUAAAAAAAGCAAACUUAAGAAAUCACGAGUGCAUAAACCAUAAAUCACACAUUUGGAAAGUAUUUGCAGCGCUUCACUUUUCAGACAUUUUGUUAUGUUAUAGCCUUAUUUCUUAAAGGGGAAAAAUUAAACGUACACACAGCGCCCCGUAAUAGCAAUCAAAAUGAGGUUAUUUAGAAUUUUUUUUUUUUGCAAACAUAACACAUGCAUUAAGUAUUGACAACUCUUCUUUUUUUUCUACAUUUUAUUUUCCAUACUUAUUCCCAAAUGGAAUAAUUUCUUUCUCCCCCCAAAAUUGUAUAACCAACAGCCUAUUACAAAAAAAACAUGAUUGUUGUUUUUCUUCUUCUAAUGUAUUAAAUAGCCCUGCGAUUGGCUGGCAAGCAGUUGGGGGCGUGCCCCGCCCCGCCUCCUGCCCGAUGAUAGCUGGGAUAGGCUGCAGCACGCCCGCGACCCGCGUGAGGAGAAGCGGAACGGAAGAUGAAUGAUUUUAGAGUUGUUGUUUUUUUGGGUAUUUUUGUUUGUGUAAUUUUUAGUUUUUAAUGUCUUUGGAUAUUUUUGGGGGGAUAAUUUUACAUGGGGCAUAUUUAGACUUACUUUAUAUUUUAGGCUUAUUCCUUUUGGUAUUUUUUCUAAAGGUAAUUUUUUGAGGAGUUUUUUAUACUUCAUUUUUAGGUGAGUAGGUCUCUGGUGUUUUUUAUUUUUAUUUUUUUUAUUUUUAAGAUAUUUAGAUAUUUUUGGUAUAAGGUCAUGAGAGGAAUUGUUUCUUAGGUCACUUUAAAUUUUUUUUCAGGUCUUCUGGGUUUUCUUUACAUGUCGACAUUUAAAAUGUGCCAACCCAAAAAAGAAGACAAAAGGUCAAAACGAGCAGCAGCGCGAGUCGUCGUGCGCGCUCGAAACGACGACGCCCGCCAUCACGGUUACCAUGGCGAUGCUGAGGCCAAGUCGGCGUGAAUUCAAAAGCGGCGCAAAUUGAAGUCCAAUUUCUCACGUGUGAGUUUUGACAGCAGUUCUCCCGCGACAAACACCGAGGAUGCGCGUUGUCGCCAUGCGAAAACGACGGCGGCUGUCGCGCGAGCUAAGCCGGGCCGCCGCCCGGGCCCGCCGUCCGUCUCGGCAUGUGUUUCUAUUUCCAAGAGACGUUGAUUGUUCUUUCCUAAAGCGUAUGUGGUGCAUUUAAGAUAUUGUGUUUCCAAAAGUGUAUUAACGAGAUCGUAUCCACCGCAGAAAACGCCUCGCCUGCUGGGUAAACAUGGCCGAGGCGCAGCCCGUGGGCCGUCCGCUGACUUUCUUGAAGCUUAGGAGACGGCGGACAAAGUUCAAAGGUCAUCGGGAUCACCGAGAGCUGGCAACUGUUUAACUGGAAGAUAAGAAGGAGAAAAGCCGAACGGAGGCGCGACCGACGACAUGGAGCUUCAAAGGCGUUUUGACGACACCUCAGGUAAGAUGCGACGCUCGUGUCUGCGCAUUUUCGAGGGGGACGUAUGACGCAAGAAAUGCACUUUUGAAUGCAAACGCUUUGCGUUAGUUCAUCUGCAGCGCCUGCCGAUCAUCAAGUGGGAACUUCAAUCAUGCCUACAUCUUGACUUUUCGGACGAUUUGUGAAAUAGUUGUGACGUCGCAUUCGGGACCACAAAAAGGCCGGCAAAUUCUUGAUGCUUGGAAUAUGUGAACAAAAGCGUGCCAUAAAUAUGCCGUUAAAACCCCUGGGAACUGUUUCAAAGUGUGUGUGUGUGUGUGUGACCUCAUGACCUGUGACGAGUGGCGGGAAGAAGUGAAGAAGAGGAAGAGGACGGCAGGAUGUGGAGCAAGCUGCGGAGCGUGGCGUGGAACUAUCGGCGCGCGCUCCUCAUCGGGGUGACGCCGCCGCUGAUGCUCCCUCUUCCUCUCGUGAUCGCCACCAAAGAGGCGUGUUGCGCCUUCGUCCUUCUCUUGAUGGCUGUCUUCUGGACCACCGAAGUCAUCCCUCUGCCCGUCACCGCCAUGUUGCCCGCCAUCCUCUUUCCCGCUUUUGGCAUCAUGACGUCAUCGCAGGUGGCGACGGCGUACUUCAAGGACUUCCACUUCCUGUUGGUGGGCGUCAUCUGCCUGGCCACCUCCAUCCAGAAGUGGGGUCUCCACCGGAGGGCAGCCCUCCGUCUGGUCGGCGCCGUGGGCGUCCAGCCGGCCCUCUUGACACUGGGCUUCAUGUCGGGCUGCGGCUUCCUCUCCAUGUGGGUGCACAACACCUCCGCCGUUACCAUGGUGAUGCCCAUCGCCGAGGCCGUCCUCCGCCAGGUCCGGCGAGCCGACGACGGGGGCGGGCGGUUGGCCGGCGAGGGGCCCCGCCGGGGCCGCGACGACCGGGGCCUGCAACUGGACGAGAUUCAUGUUGAGAAGGAGAAUGAAGGUUCGGGGGAGGACCACAAACUUCCGGAAGAAAGAUCCUCAUCAUCAUCAUCAUCAUCAUCAUCAUCAUCAGAUGCCACUCAGGCGGCGUGUGCGACAGCGCCCCCUAGGGACCUGAUGGUGGGCAAGGCCAUGUGCAUCGGCGUGGCCUACGCCUCCAACAUCGGCGGCAUCGCCACUUUGCCGGGAACGUCGCCUAACCUCAUCUUCUCCGAGUAUCUUCGUCAGACUUACCCAGAAUGCAACUGCAUCAACUUUGGCAAGUGGCUGGCAUUGUGUUUGCCCAUCAGCGUCCUCAUGUUGCUGCUCACGUGGGCGUGGCUCUGCUGGCUCUUCAUUGGCUCAGACGUCCGGUCGCUGUGGCGAUGCGGAGGAGAGCUCUCCGAGAGGGAAAAAGCCAGCAGGAAAGUCAUCCAAGACGAGUACAGAGCGCUUGGCCCCAUGAGUGGUCAGGAGAUGUUCACUCAGGUGGUCUUCCUCCUGAUGGUCUUGUUGUGGCUGACCAGAUCUCCGGGCUUCUUUCCGGGCUGGGCCUCCUUCUUCCCUCGUCACGCCGACUACGUGACCGAUGCCACCGUGGCUCUCGUCCUGGGAAUCCUCUUCUUCCUGGUCCCGGCCUACGGACCCUCUCGGAAAUAUGGUCAAAACCCAGAUCAUAAAAACAUGGAAAAAUGUGAGAGUGUGAGGAAGAUGGUGUUGAUGAUGUGUCUUUCUCCAGAGAGCAUGAUCACCUGGGAGGAGUUCCAGGCUUCCAUGCCGUGGGAAGUGGCCCUUCUGGUGGGCGGAGGCUUUGCCCUGGCCGAAGGUACAAAGGAGUCGGGUUUGUCGCGGUGGGUGUCGGAGCUUCUGUCCCCUCUGGGCGAUCUUCCCCCGCUGGCCACCGUGGCCGUGGCUUGCAUCAUCGUCACCACGGUAACCGAGCUGGCCAGCAACGCCACCACCAUCACCAUAUUCCUGCCCAUCCUCUCGCCUCUGGCCGAAGGCAUCCACGUCAACCCGCUGUCCGUGCUGAUCCCGGCCACGUUGUGCACGUCCUUCUCCUUCCUGCUGCCGGCAUCCAAUCCUCCCAACGCCGUGGUUUUCGCCUACGGACACUUCAGCGCCGCAGACAUGGUGAAGGCGGGGCUGGGCGCCAACGUGAUCGGCCUCCUCGCCGUCCUAUUGGCGGUCAGCACGUGGGGUGUGCCAUUGUUCUCACUGGAUACGUACCCCGAUUGGGCGCCGCCGUUCAACGCCACGGCGCCGUGACAGACGUCGCCGGCAAAUACUUUCAUGUAUUUGUAUUGGUUUUUUUUUAGAUACAUUUUUGUGGCAAUGUUACUGUAAUAAACACUGGAUAAACCAAGA